AUGGUGCUAAAGGAUCCCGCCGUGUCUCUGACCCUUUUCCUUUGGAUUACGGCUUCCUGGGGCUGCCUGGCUGCAGCUGCCGGGGUUGCUGCUGCUCGCAAGCAGGACGAGUCUUUCUCCACUGUCAGUGUCUACAGAGCCAGAUGCACCUCCAGGUGUCUGAGCCUGCAGAUCACUCGCAUAUCUGCCUUCUUCAAGCAUUUCCAGAACAAUGGCUCCCUUGUUUGGUGCCAGAAUCAUAAACAGUGUUCAAAGUGCCUGGAGCCUUGCAAAGAAUCUUGGGACUUGAAGAAAAACCAUUGCCAAAGUUUCUGUGAGCCUCUUUUCCCCAAGAAGAACUAUGAAUGCCUAACUAGCUGUGAAUUCCUCAAGUAUAUCCUGUCAGUGAAGCAAGGAGACUGCCCAGCACCUGAGAAGGCCAGCGGUUUUGCGGCUGCCUGCGUUGAAAGCUGUGAGGCUGACAGUGAAUGUUCUGGGGUGAAGAAAUGCUGCUCCAAUGGAUGUGGACAUACAUGUCAAGUACCAAAAAAUCUGUACAAAGGUGUUCCAUUGAAACCCAGGAAAGAAUUAAGAUUCACAGAACUUCAGUCUGGACAACUGGAGGUUAAGUGGUCUUCAAAAUUCAAUAUUUCAAUUGAGCCUGUGAUCUAUGUCGUGCAGAGGAGAUGGAAUUAUGGAAUCCAUCCCAGUGAGGAUGAUGCUACCAGCUGGCAAACGGUGGCACAGACUACAGAGGAGAGAGUACAACUGUCUGACAUAAGACCCAGCAGGUGGUACCAGUUCCGAGUGGCGGCCGUUAAUGUGCAUGGGACAAGAAGCUUCACAGCACCCAGCAAGCACUUCCGCUCCUCUAAAGACCCAUCUGCUCCACCAGCCCCAGCUAAUCUCAGAAUUGCCAACUCCACUACAAAUAAUGAUGGAAGUGUAACUGUAAGGAUUAUUUGGGAUCUCCCAGAAGAACCUGAUAUCCCAGUUCAUCACUACAAAGUCUUCUGGAGCUGGACAGUCAGCAGCAAGUCUGUCAUCCCAGCUAAGAAGAAAAGAAGGAAGACUACUGAUGGGUCCCAAAAUUAUGUGGUCCUGGAAGGACUGCAACCCAACAGCAACUACAUGGUGGAACUGCAGGCAGUAACAUACUGGGGACAAGUACGACUGAAAAGCGCCAAGGUGUCUCUCUAUUUCAGCUCAACUCAAACAACUAUUAAUAAAGAACAGACCUCUCCAAUUGGGAAAACCCGGAAAGGACUAGCUGAUCCUCUUCCACCCUUUCAAAGAAGGAGACCGGCUCGUCUUCUUGAAAUUGGAGCUCCUUUCUAUCAAGAUAAUCAGCUUCAGGUCAAAGUCUACUGGAAGAAGACAGAAGACACUAGUAUGAGUCGAUAUCACGUCCAGUGGUUCCCAGAAUCCUGUGUGCACAAUGAAACUAAAGGGCCUGAAAAAGCAACUGGCCUGACCUAUGAAAACUACAUAAUUCUUCAGGACCUGUCAUUUUCAUGUAAAUAUAAAGUGACCGUUCAGCCAGCAAGAUCUAAAGGUCGUUUGAAGGCUGAAAGUAUUUUCUUUACCACCCCACCUUGCUCUGCUCUUAAAGGAAAAAACCACAAGCACAUUACUUGUCCUGCUGAAGGAGCAUCAGUUCUCCCUAAAGUGCUGGCCAAACCCGAGAAUCUAUCUGCCUCUUUCAUUGUUCAGGAAGUAAAUAUUACUGGUCACUUUUCAUGGAAGAUAUCAAAGGCAAAUCUUCAUCAGCCCAUGACAGGGUUUCAAGUCACCUGGGCAGAGGUUACUACAGAGAGCCGACAAAACAGCUUACCCAACAGCAUCAUUUCCCAAUCACAGAUACUGCCAGCAGAUCAUUAUGUGCUGACUGUCCCCAACCUGAGGCCAUCAACGCUUUACCGAUUAGAAGUGCAAGUGCUGACAACAGGCGGGGAGGGGCCAGCCACAAUAAAAUCUUUCCGAACACCUGAUCUGCUGCCAUCUUCACCCCACAGGCCUCAUCUGAAACAGCACCAUCCACAUCACUACAAGCCACCCCCAGAAAAAUACUAG